ACUCCGACAAAAAAGUGUCACCUACAGCAGGCCGACAACCUCCGUUCAUGUUGUACUAUCCCCAGCGAGGACUGGUGAGCAUCAGGCAGAAUCUAUCAUCGAUGACAACUCCCCAGAUGUCUUGGACUACAACCAGACUUCGGUGCAAACGACGGUCGGCGACCUCGUUUUUGCCUCUGAGCCGACCUCAGAUGACAUGCGAGGUUCCACGGCUAGCUCAGCCUCGUUUCCACCCAGAAAAAGAGCCAGGAGGGCAACCGUGAUCCGGCGAAGCAACGAACUCGAACCCGAGAAUUUCAUUCUGCCUCCUUUUGUGCUCGCAAAGGAGCUCGUCGGGUACUUUUUCAGAUACACAUACCCCCUGUAUCCGAUACUGCAUGAGCCGACAUUCCGGGAAGACUUCGAAGCGACCUAUCAGGACUCGAGCCAGCCCACCGCGGCCUGGCUGUCAAUACUGAAUCUAGUCUUCGCUUUCGGCUGUGAUUAUCUUGAUAUGUCUCUGCGCGAUGCUUCGGAACUGGCCGAGACUUUCCACGACCGAGCAUCGGAACUCAUUCUCUCCGUAUGUUUUCAGCAGAGCACUGUGCAGAUCGUUCAGGCCUUGUUUCUCUUGACUGCUCAUCUACAGAGCGAUCUCAAAAUGAACAAGUCAUGGUUGAGCAUUGGCUGUUUAGUCCGUACCGCACAGGGUCUUCGCAUGAAUCUAGAUCCUUCAAGCCGGGACAUCAGCCUGGUUGAUCAAGAGAUCAGAAAGCGCCUAUGGUGGGGCAUAUACUCUGUAGACCGAUUCAUCAGUCUGAGACAGGGACAAUCGCCAGCUCUUAUCUCAGAGAGUGCAUGUACUGUCGGGGUGCCUCUGACAUCUUGCGAGGGCAUGUCAGAAGAGGAUCUCAGCGCCUUCCCCGAGCUCCACCAAACACCUUGCCCAAUAUAUCUCUUCAAUGCAAUGGUGCAACUCUCACAUAUGGUCGAAUCCAUCUCGACUCCCGCCCUGAAAGACUCGAAUUCCUUGGUACAAAUGUACACAGCAAGGUCUGACGGCCUACUGGACUUUGACGAGGUGCAGAUGAGCAUCCAGAUUGCUCAAGUCGGCGAGCAAGAGGCCAAAUUAGCAGCGUGGAAGAGGACACUGCCUGAGCAUCUACAGUUUGAAGCAAUCUACGAAGAUGAGGAAUGUCGACGUCAGUGUCUCAUGCUCCAUCUGCGCUACCUACAUAUUCGGCUGCUUGUUCAUCGGCAGGUGCUGUCGAUCGUCGUCAGGCAGGGAAGUCGGAAGGUGAACAUGCCUCCACCAGGCUACUUGAAAUCAGUCAUCACCGCCAGCGUUGAGCAAUGCGCCGAGUGCGCUAGCCAAACGGUUUCGGUCAUAACAGGCAAUCAGAACGCCAGAGCCAUUGGCCCAUGGUGGUACAACAUCUCGCUGAUGUUUACGGCUCUGGGCACUCUCUUCGCCGUUCACGCAAGUGCGAAUUUGUUCCCGAGCAUCGACGUGGAAGCAAUGGCGGCGGCCAUAAGUGACGCAAGUGAAUCGUUGAGCCAAUUAUCAAAUGUGAACCCCCUCAUGGCCCGUUGCUCCAGGUACUUCGAGUCGUUACGCAGACGCAUGGCAAAGGUUGCAAGUGUCCAGAAAGCGGACUACAGGAAAGGCAAUCCACUGGAGAUCUCAGUCCACACGGACAGCAAUGUUGAUACGCAGAAUGGGCAAGAGGCGCAACACGGCGAGGUGGAACUUGGUGUAAACGCUGCCUCGGUCGGCUCAGAAAGUGGUGCCGGCUCCUUGGACGAAGACUGGACUCGUUUAUUUCUUGAGCCUAUGCUACCAGACUUCACAGACGAUAUCUUCGAUAUAUAA